AUCCUCCACUUCCGCCCAAUAACGGAAUUAUAAUGUCUCUAUGGCGGCUCCCAGCAUGAUGACGUUCCAGGUGAACUCCUCUCUACCCACCACCGAGGCUCUAGCCGCCCUACGGGGCUCGAACAGCUGCGGCCCUGACACCUCGGCCGGACACCUCGCCUACCGGAGCCUCGGGAUGGGAGCGGGGGGAGGACGAGCCACCUUCAGACAGAAGCUCCACAUGAGGCGGACACUUCCUGUCACACAGCCGCUGAGCAAGUGCGUAGAUGAGGAGUCCUUCAUCGGGGGUCUCAUGUUCGGAGGGUCGCCUAACAUGACCAAAGAGUCUGAGAAUAAAGAUCCAGAGGACGUCUGUGGGAGACACCUUCUCUUUGAUAACAAAUUAACUUCAGGUGCCAGGUUCGAGAGAACCAGAUCCGUGAUCCCUCCCCUGCUGAGAGACUACCACAGACCGGGCGCCCUGCACCCCCUCAGCCUCUCCAAGGAGCUUUCCCACAGCCACGCCGGGCCGCCCUUCACUCUGGGCUACCCUGAAAGAUACGAGCUGAACCCGAGUCCAGCCAUCCUCCUUCCCUCCACUUUAUUCCUCAAUGGCAGAAACCCCUUCUCAGUUGAAAACUGUAAACUCAGCAGGCCUAAGGUGAACUAUCCAUCCUACAACAACAUAUUGACUGUUAGAGACAAUCACACAAGCCAGUCCUUUCCAGACCCGGUGGUCGGCGCCUCUCGCUCUUUUAUCCAGAGGAUAUCUGAGCUGUCCUCUCUGGAGGCCGAGUCGGCGAGACAAGAAAAGCUCAAGAAAAUGAGGAAACUGAGAAAACCUCCAUCCUGACAAUCACCUUUGUCCCAGUCGCACCGGUCAAGGAUUAAAACCAUUGAGUCUGUGCCAACAACAUCGGAACAAAAUAAAACGUUGAGGGAACCGUGUUCAUUUCAGUGGCUCGUUCUGACGGCUUGUUUAUCCUCAGUGAUUUUAGUUUCCUGCCUUUCAUGGCUGCUUUUCACGUUUUGGGAUUCCUGACUGCAGCUUCUCUGUUCUAGUGACCACACGUAGUAUUUACUGAGGCAAACUGCAGCAUUUGCCCGACAAUAAAUAAUAAAUCCCUUUCCCGUUAUGACUCACAGUACUCUGUAGUUUACCACUCAACAUCCACAAUUUUAUUUUAGCUCUUUAAUGGCUUGUAAUGGCUGUUACGUAAUACUGGCAUAUUUCUCGCUGUAUCAUCAGUAGGUUGCAGAUGCUGUCCGGCUGGGAUCUCAUUACAACAGUGUUUUGAUGAUUGCCGUUAUAUACCAGUUACAAGUUGUUCAGCGAGUUGGACAUCUUUGUAUAUAUUAGAUAGUUUAGCAAAACUAUUAUUGUGCCUUGUAAUACGUCUUCCUGCAAUUAAACAUUUAUUUUUCAUAUCUCAAUCACUUGAUCUCUUCUGUGACCCAUUCUUUUUCUUCC